AGGGAGAAUUAAUUUUUUCCAACUAGUAGUAGCAAAGUACACCAAAUAAGUGGUUGACUAAAACCCUCACAUGCUGCCCAAAACCUUAGAAACACAAACAUACAUAACCCCUAUCUCUCUCUCACACAGAGACCGACACACUGACACAGAGAGUAUCUGUAGAUGGAGAAGGAAAGUGUGAUGAAGAAGAAGCAAGUGCUUCUGUACUACUGUGUUGAAAUGGAAGAUGUGGCUCUUAAAAUUGCUUCUGAAUCUGACUCUAUUAUCCUUCAUUCUAUUAACUGGAGGAGUUUUGACGAUGGUUUCCCAAAUCUCUUUAUAAACAAUGCACAUGAUAUCCGAGGGCAGCAUGUUGCUUUUUUAGCAUCGUUCAGCUCACCAGGAGUCAUCUUUGAACAACUUUCUGUGAUAUUCGCACUCCCAAGGCUGUUUGUCGCCUCAUUUACACUUGUGUUACCUUUCUUCCCGACCGGUACCUUUGAGAGAAUGGAAGAAGAAGGAGAUGUAGCCACUGCGUUUACCAUGGCCAGAAUAAUAUCAAAUAUUCCGAUAUCAAGGGGUGGUCCGACCAGCUUAGUUAUCUAUGACAUACAUGCAUUACAGGAGAGGUUCUAUUUUGGAGAUAAUGUGCUGCCUCUGUUUGAGACCGGAAUUCCACUGCUGAAGCGAAGGCUUCAGCAGCUUCCAAACUCCGAAAAGAUAGUUAUAGCCUUUCCUGAUGAUGGAGCUUGGAAGAGGUUUCACAAGCAAUUAGUUCACUAUCCCACCGUUAUCUGCACUAAAGUGCGUGAAGGUGAUAAGAGGAUCGUCAGGCUAAAAGAGGGUAAUCCCACUGGCUGUCAUGUGGUUAUUGUUGAUGAUUUGGUCCAGUCUGGAGGUACCCUAAUUGAAUGCCAGAAAGUUUUGGCUGCUCAUGGUGCAUCAAAAGUUAGUGCUUAUGUGACCCAUGGAAUUUUCCCUAAGCGGUCGUGGGAGCGUUUUCUUCACAAGAAUGAUGGUUCAGAGAAAGCGUUCGCUUACUUUUGGACCACGGAUUCAUGUCCUCAUACUGUGAAAGCUAUCGCGAAUAAGGCUCCAUUUGAAGUUAUUAGUUUGGCAGGAUCAAUAGCUGAUGCUCUUCAAAUCUGACAACAUUAGACAGAAUCAGUUGUGAAACUUUGUUCAGUGACAUGUUGCAAGGGAUCUUUUAUAAGUUGGCCUAGCUGAGACAUUUCCUGUUGUUACAGAAACUUGUCUUUGCAUAGAUAUGUCAACUGAUUUCCUAAAGGAGGAGUCACUCUUUUUUGUUGUU